AUUCCCCCAGUAUAAAAACCCUCGCGACCCUUCUAAAGUUCCGUCGCCUCUCUACCCUCAUCUCUCUCUCUAGACCGAUAUUCUCUAAUCUCCACUACUGAAUCACUCCAAGUACUACUUUGCAGACAUGAGACCCCCAUUGAGCCGUGGUGGCGGCUUCAGAGGGAGAGGUGAUGGAGGCGGCUUCAGAGGGAGAGGCGAUGGAGGCGGCUUCAGAGGGAGAGGCGGAGGCAGAGGGAGAGGCGGCGGCGAUAGAGGUGGAAGCACGAUGAGAGGCCGCGGUCGUGGCGGCAGCGAUAGGGGGAGGGGUCGCGGCCGCGGCGGAGGAAUGAAGGGAGGGAGCAAGGUAGUGGUGGACGCGCAUAGGCAUAAGGGAGUGUUCGUUGCUCAUGGGAAAGAGGAUGCGCUUUGUACUAAGAACUUGGUUCCCGGUGAAGCCGUGUAUAACGAGAAGAGGAUCUCUGUUCAGAAUGAGGAUGGAACCAAGACUGAGUACAGGGUCUGGAACCCUUUCCGCUCUAAGUUGUGUGCUGCGAUUCUCGGUGGAGUUGAUGAUAUCUGGAUUGUGCCUGGUGCCCGGGUCCUGUACCUUGGAGCUGCUUCGGGAACCACUGUAUCUCACGUGUCAGACCUUGUUGGCCCUGAUGGAGUGGUCUAUGCAGUGGAAUUUUCUCAUAGAAGUGGUAGGGAUUUGGUAAACAUGGCGAAGAAGCGAACAAAUGUUAUACCUAUCAUUGAAGAUGCUAGACAUCCAGCCAAGUACAGGAUGCUGGUGGGCAUGGUUGACGUAAUCUUUUCCGAUGUUGCUCAGCCUGAUCAGGCUAGGAUCUUAGCCUUGAAUGCAUCAUAUUUCCUGAAAGCUGGAGGCCAUUUUGUAAUAUCAAUCAAGGCCAACUGCAUCGACUCAACUGUUCCUGCUGAAGCAGUAUUUGCGCAGGAGGUGAAGAAGCUGCAGGCCGAGCAGUUCAAGCCCAUUGAACAGGUCACUCUUGAACCUUUUGAGCGGGAUCAUGCUUGUGUGGUUGGUGCAUACCGCGCGCCAAAGAAACAGAAAGCAGCCUCCUAAAUAGCAGUGCGGUGUUUCCUUUCCUCAACAGCAUGGGUACUAGAAGCUGAUGGGAUGUCUGAAAUUUCUUAUGAGUGGGAAUGUAUCGGUUUUUAGGUUAUUUUGUUGCGCCUUAUUUAUUCUCGCAUUUGUCAAACAGGAUUUAUUUGUUCCAAUGUGAAACUCUAGUUUAGUAA